AUGGUCCGAGCUCAGACGUGGAUUCUGGCCAAACAUUUCAAUGGCUUCCCCAAGGAAAGCGACUUCCAGCUCAAAGAGGAGGAACUCCCUGAGCCUAAAGCUGGAGGUUCGACCUUUUUUUUUUUUUUUUGGGAUGUUUGCCGUGUUGACGUCUUAUUGAUGUUUUUGUUCUUUGUUUCAGAGGUGCUUUUGGAGGCGUUGUUUCUCAGUGUUGACCCUUACAUGAGGCCAUUUAGCCGCGUUCGCAUGAAAGAAGGAGAUGUGAUGAUCGGAACUCAAGUGGCCAAGGUGGUCCAGAGCAGGAACGCAGCAUUUCCCGUUGGGGCCCACGUUGUCAGCCGCGGCGGAUGGAGAACACACACCGUGUCAGACGGGUCCGACCUCGUCCCCGUCAUGCCCGACUGGCCUCGGGACGUUUCGUUGUCCUUGGCUCUGGGCACUGUCGGCAUGCCUGGGCUGACGGCUCUAUACGGAAUCGAGGAAGUCCUGGAGCUGAAAUCGGGCGAGACUCUGCUGGUGAAUGCGGCAGCUGGGGCGGUGGGCUCGGUGGCGGGGCAGAUGGCCAAAAUGAAGGGCUGCAGAGUGGUGGGCUCGGCGGGGUCCGAUGCCAAGGUGGCCUUCCUCAAAGAGUUGGGCUUCGACGAGGCCUUCAACUACAAAACCGUCGCCUCCCUGGAGGAGGCUCUGAAGAAAGCCGCUCCCGACGGAUACGACUGCUUUUUUGAAAACGUUGGAGGCCCUUUCUCGAGCGUUGCCAUGUCACAGAUGAAAGAUUUCGGAAGAAUAGCCGUGUGUGGAAGUAUAUCCACAUACAAUGACACUGAGGUUCAGACAGGCCCUUAUCCUCAAAUGACCAUGAUCGUUAAGCAGCUCAAGAUGGAGGGCUUCAUGCAAAGCAGAUGGGAGCCAAAGCACCCGGAGUCCCUCAGGAGGCUCAUGGGCUGGCUGAAAGAGGGUAAACUGCAGAGCCGCGAGCACAUCACCAAAGGCUUUGAAAACAUGCCGGCGGCUUUCAUGGGCAUGCUGCGAGGAGAAAACACUGGCAAAGCUAUCGUGGAAGUCUAAUGUGAAAUCCAGGAAGAUUACUGGGGAGGGAUCGACACUUUCGAAACACGCCUAAAUGACAACGCAUUUAUUUUUUGCAGGACAUAUUUUCAAAUGGGUUGAAAAUGUUCAAACUAAGAAGUCACGUGUCCGUUUUCACCGUCUCCGCACAAUACUACGAUGAUGCAAUUGGCAGCAAUUAUACAUGAUGUCACAAGCUUGGCACACCUACAGCGGAAAUAAAAAGUCUACUACACACCAAGA